AUUCUAGACCUGUCAAUGAUUGGUUUUUCUUCUUCUCUUCAGGAUAAGGAGAAAGCAAACAAGAUCAAUGUGAUGAGAGAGCUGCGUAUCCGCAAGCUCUGUCUCAACAUUUGUGUGGGAGAGUCUGGUGAUAGGCUGACCCGUGCUGCCAAAGUGCUGGAACAGCUGACUGGACAAACACCCGUCUUCUCUAAAGCUCGCUACACUGUGAGAUCUUUUGGAAUCAGGCGUAAUGAGAAAAUCGCUGUUCACUGCACAGUCCGUGGGGCUAAGGCAGAGGAAAUUCUGGAGAAGGGCCUGAAGGUACGUGAGUACGAGUUGAGGAGGAACAACUUCUCUGCCACCGGCAACUUUGGCUUCGGUAUCCAGGAACACAUUGACUUGGGCAUCAAGUACGACCCUGGCAUUGGCAUCUACGGCAUGGACUUCUACAUUGUGCUGGGACGCCCUGGAUUCAACAUCAGCCAGAGGAGGAGGAGAAAGAGUGCUAUUGGUGCCAACCACAGAAUCACAAAAGAUGAAUGCAUGAAGUGGUUUCAGCAAAAGUAUGAUGGAAUUAUCCUUCCAGGAAAGUGAGCAAGCAGGAAAAAUAUUAUAAUAAAAAGGGUCAAUAAAACCGCUGAUAUUGCCCGACA